AUGAUGGAAAAUAUUAUUCUACGAAUUUUAUUUGUUUUAACUAAUGCUGUUAUAUUUUUUGGGACAAUUAUACUCAAUAUAAUGGCUAUUAUUUAUAUUCGUGCGAGACGAGAUAAAACAUCAAUUGCUAUACUUGUUGUUAAUUUAGCUGUUGCUGAUAUAAUUCAUGCUAUGGGUAUUAUCUUCUUUAGUAGUAAUUUACUUACACCUAGUUGGAUAUUUGGCGAAUUUGGUUGUAAAUUUAGUUUAACUAUUGAUGUUCUUUGUACUGUGGUAAUUGUCUAUACAGUAGCAGCAUUAAGUGUUGAACGUUAUAUAGAUGCUCGUUCAAAAUUAGCAGCAAAAUUUCGUUUAUUAAUUACUUUUAUAUCAUUAUUGAUUAUAUGGACAGUUGGUUUACUUUUACCAUAUCCAUUUAUUUUUUAUACAUAUAUUUAUGAUCAAAAUAAUAUUAUAAAUAAAAAUUCCACAACAUUACCUAUAUUAACAUGUCGUUCAAUGUUAUCGGAACGUGACUUACUUAUCUAUGAAAUCAUAUUAUAUAUAAUUGCUUUUAUUAUACCAUAUUCAAUAAUUGUUUUAUUUUCAUUAAAAUUACUUCGAUUUUUACAUCAAUGGUUAAAUCGUAAACGACAAUUAACACGUUUAAAAUUAAUAAAAAAACGAACACGUGGUGUUAAACUUGUUUUAUGUAUUGUUUUAUCAUUUCUAAUAUGUUAUACACCAUUUUGGAUAUUUAAAUUUUCUACAAGUUUUCUUCUUGAUGAAACUAUACGACGACGACCAUUAUUAAAACAUUUUCUUAAAUAUGCACAUCAACUUGUUGUUUUACUUAGUCAUAUUGAAGGUAUACUUAAUCCAUUAUUUUUUAUUGUUUUAACUGAACAUUUUUGUCUAACAUUUUCAAAACAUCGACGAAAAACUUUAAAUUAUUUUGGAGCACGACCAUCAUUAGUAUCACAAACUACUGGAAGAAAAUCAUCAAUUUUAAAUGGAAAAAUUUCAACACGAAGAUUAACAGUAACAGUUGCUAAUAAUGAAAUUAAUGGUCUUUUAUUAUCAAGUCCUAUUCUUUUUGAAAAUAAUGGAAAAAUACAUAGUAAUGAAUCUACGAUAUUGACAAGAGAAGGACGAUCAUACGUAAAACAUGGUUUUUUAAAUUCACCUGAGAUUGUAUGA